AAUUUUAUGACAGGCAGAAAAUAGGCUACAUGUCACAAACAAAGAUGUGUAAAAUAUUAAUGGAUGACGCAAAGACUUGGUGACCACAAGAUGCGAUUAAUUACAGCAGAGCUCUAACAGGGAGCUCUGGAUGUGUUUUGCUUACCAGAGCUCCCUGCUCAGAUAAAAAAAGCAGGGAGCUUUGUAUUUCACAGUACUAACUGUUUUUUUAAACAUCCUUUACUAAUUUUUUAAACUGUAGACAGUGAAAAUUUUAGUCAUUUUCUUGAGGCUGUUUUGUGACCUUUUAUCCGUGUGUCCUGUCAUCUUUCACAAUUUGAACACUAGCUUUCUGCGUCACGGUACAUUAAUAUCCUAAUGAAACAGGAAAUCAUAGAUAACUUAAUAAAGGCUUCCGGACAUUGAUCAAUUUAGAAAGAAAUAAAGUAGAAGUAUAUAAGUAAAACAACAACGGAAGCUACUUUUGUUUUGCAGGAAUUGUUGGGGGUGCAAAUAAUGGUCGCCUUCUGCCGUGUUUUUUAUUUUUUUCUCCUGCUGUUUUGUUUUUUUCUGAUAUUUUCCCUUUGAUUGAAUAAAUGUACUCAAAACACAUUGUUAUAUAGUGUGAGAAAAUUUCAACAAAAAAAAAAUGAUUUCAAGACAUUUCCAAAUCUUUAGCUAGAGGGUGCUGUAUGGGUCUCAGAUAGAAACAAAAUGCUGAGGUUUUUUUUUUUUUUGUUGUUUUUUUUUUUUGCUAAAUUAUUGAUGUGCAAGUUUGGUGCCUUUUGAUUUUUGAUAAGAUCUCCCCAGAAAAUAAUCAGGUUAAAGUACAUAAAAUAAAAUCAUCAACGUUCCCCAGAGCCCUUAACAUACUGAGAAAGGUAGUUAUUUAUACCAUGUGACCUUCCACUGAAUGACAGACAUCUCAGCCGAACAGCUGUUCUACGGUGAGCAGGCAACGACCUCUGUGCUUUCUAUUUAUGUCUCACUUCAGGAGUCACUAUUUUCUCCCUCGUGACGACACGCUGCUGCCGCUCGCUUCCCGUCUUCUUCGACUUCAUUUCCGUCCUCCUUCCCCAAACAACUCCCAUGGCUAGGUUCUAAUGGUUGACAUGCUUCUUGAGUCCCUUAUCGCUACUGUCUGUCUGAUCAUAUCCAGCAUCAUACAUGCUUUGUGGACAAUAAUAGAUUCUGACUGUUGAUUUGGGAGGACAGAGUGACGUGCUGCAGGAUUGCAUGGAGGACUUGAGCCCCAGACAACUGGCAGUCAAACAGCUAAAGGAGAAGUUCCUGAAGGCCCUGCAGGAAAACAAUGCUGAGGAAGUCCUGCAGAUUCUGAACACUGGCAAACUUGAUAAUGACACAGUGCUGGAGGUGGAAGAUCCCAGUAUGGUAUUGGCCUCUUAUAAACAGGGAUACUGGUUGCCAGGCUACAAGCUGGAGAAAUCCUGGGCGAUGGGUAUCCAUGUGUGUGUGAUGUACAACGCCGUGGAAACGGCGCUGGUCCUCCUCCAGAAAGGUGCGGCCAUCAACCGAAUGCCCAAUGGGAAGACACCCCUGCAUGUGGCCUGCGAGGUCUCCAACAGCGACUGUGUGGCCCUGCUCUUGGCUUACGGGGCAAAGGUCAACAGCCUGUCGCUGAGCGGUCACACUCCUUUGCACUACUGCAUCACCAGGGAGUCUGUGGAGUGUGCCAGGCAGCUCAUCCUCAAAGGUGCAAAGGUCAACACAACCAGCCACAACAACGAGGAGGACACACCUUUGCACACGGCUGCCAGAUUUGGGGUUCCCGAACUAGUGGCGUUGCUUCUGACCCACGGGGCCUCUGUGAACGCCCUCAACGCCCUCCAGGAGACCCCCUUAAUGACUGCAGCCUUUUGGGCUUUCGACUCCAAGGAGCAAGUCUACAGCCAAGAUCAUCAUUUUGUUUGUCGCCUCCUGCUGGACCACCAAGCGGACCCCAACUUGAAGGAAGGGGAUAAUAAAACAGCUCUCCACAUGGCGGCCUGGAACUGCGAUCACGUCCUGAUGCAGAUGCUGCUGGAGGCCGGAGCGGAUGUUCGAGCCAUGGACAUCAAUGGAUGUGCUCCCAUUCAAUACGUCCUCAAAGUGACAGGAGUCAGGCCUAUGGCCAUUCCUGAGGUCUGCUUCCAGCUUCUGCUGAACUAUAACGCAGCGCGGAUCUAUCCUCCGCAGUUCCACAAGGUACUGCAGUCCUGCUAUGACUACCCCCAAGUUGUAGAAAUUCUAGUGAACUCCUAUGAACAUCUAAAACCUUCAAGAAAGUGGAGAGGAGCUAUUCCCGAUGACUGCUACGAGCGCCAUAAAGACUUCUAUGACUCGAUGUUUGCUGUUUGCACCAACACGCCACGCAGCCUGCUUCAUCUCGCCAGAUGUGCCAUCAGAGCCAGUCUGAGAGGGUUUUGUCAGCAAGGAGUUGAUCAGUUACCUCUGCCAUCGACUAUGAAAAAAUAUGUAUUGUUAGAACCUGAGGGCAUACUUUACUGAUGUACUUUACUUACUUUUUAUAGUAUUUAGAUAUAUUGCUGGGACAAUGAUUUUAGUGAAAGAAGGUUUAAAUCAGAUAAUGUUUCUGUCUGUAUUUAUAGAUGUAAUGAUCAGGGAGGAAAUCAAUCCCCUUUCUUCAAUUCUUUCACCUCCCUGCUUGAAAGGACCUGUUUUAGUUUUGCCUGUACUCAUUUUCAGUUAUUCUUUUCCACACUUAAUUCUCAGCAUUGCUUUUUUUUCUCCCCUCCAGGGGGUCUUUCUGUGGGCUCUAGUGUCCCUUAUAUGAAAGUAGGCUAACAGGAAAGGGGGAAGAAGACAUGCGGCAAAUGUCGCCGGGUCCGGGAAUCGAACCCGCGACGGCCGCGUCGAGGACUCAAGGCCUCCAAAUGUGGGUCGUGCUAAACCUACACCACCACAGCACGCCCCUAUUUCUCAGCAUUGUUGACCAAUGUGGCUUCAGGCUGAAAGAGCCGCAACACGCUGAGGAGGAUCCAGCGCUACCUAGCAACUGGCUAGGCCCAAUGGUCACUCUCAAACUCAUGAUAUUCCUAUUUCGGCACAACACUCUGGACCGAUCACUUCACAAUAAGUGUUUGUUUUUCCACUGGGCUGCAUGCAGCCAGGAACCCAGGCCUGUUCUUUUCCCCAGCUUUCUCACCAACAAAAAGCUCAUCUGUUCAACCUCCCUCUUCAAAACAUAUUCCAGUUAUCCACACCUAAAAUUGUUCCAUUUUAGACAUAUUUUAAUAUCAGAUAAAGAUAAGGCAAGUGAUUUUGUUGAUUAAAGAAAAAAAAGCUAUUCAAGUCAGCUGGAUCAUUAUGUAAAAAUAGAAUUUCUGGCCUUGGUUAGAUUACUGAACUUUGUUUAGUUUAAUUAACACCCAGGUCUGGUUACUGCUUUACCAGUAACAUCAAGAAACCACUUCCAUAGAUCCCACCAGACAACAUGCAGAAAGCUAAACAAUCUCAACAAUUCUAUAUGAUCAAGAGCCCACAGCACCAUGGAUCAUACUUGGCUUAAACAGUUUCUGUAGGUUUGUUCUCACAUGGCCCGAGGAGGCAGAGCUGAAGCACAUCGGAGAGGGAUGCGGAGAAGUUUCGCCUACUGGCAGCCGGCCAUCAAAAGCCACUGGACUGUGUCUGCUACGGCGAUGGACAACCCGACCAAAGUUUCCAAAAACAAGAGAGAAGAGAAGGAGGAGGAGAGAGACAACAGUUUUGCAGAAUCAUUAUGGAGGCAGGCAGAGCUGUUUACACACCAGAAACGUUUUUACUGCUGAAUUUUUAGUUAUUUGUUUUCGAGUGACAACAGAGUUGUAGUUUCAUGCAAACACGUUAGUGUGAUGUCCGGUGGCGGCAAAGUUGAAGACAGAACUAUUUUGAAAGCUGCAAAAAUAAAAAUUUAACAAAAUGGCAUAGUGGAAGGUAAAAUGAGUUGGUUUUUUUGUGUUUUUUUUUUUUUUUACUCCAGUCACUGGUCCGUUUUGUGUCGAAUCACACACUGAGCUUUGCGACAACGCUUGGCCUUUAAGUCAUUCUUA